AUCUAAGCUAACUAAGUUUAUUGCUUAAUAUUAAAGGGCAUUUCACAAUUUCAUAAUAAAAAUUAAUAAAUUUUAAAGUUCAUUUAAAAGAAUUGUUUUAAACAAUGCCUAAUAUUCGUGCUUUACCGGAAGAUUUACAAAAAGUCGCAAUUGAUGAAUUAAAUGAAGUACCAGAACGUAUUCCCGCUGAUAUCGAAGCAUUGAGGACAUGGGUAAAUCAACAACCCCACUUGCGUGCACGCACCGAUGAUCAAUUUUUGUUGACAUUUUUGCGAGGCUGUAAGUUCAGUUUAGAAAAGGCAAAAUCAAAAAUUGAUAAGUUCUAUACACUGAGAACAAAAUAUCCAGAUUUUUAUACUAUACAAAAUGUGGAUGACCCUCGUGUAUUAGAGUUAAUCAAAAUGGGUGUUGGCUUACAUCUCCCAAUUCCUUUGCAUGAGAAUGGACCACGUCUUAUGCUAAUUCGUGCUGGUUUAUAUCCAGCUGAUAAGUAUUCAUUUGAUGAUGUCAUGUGUAUGGCACAUACAAUGCAAGCUAUAACUAUGCUUGUAGAUGAUUAUUCAGUCGUAAAUGGUACAAUUGAUAUACUUGACUUGUCCUCUAUGACAGGCGGUCACAUUUUACAAAUGACACCAACUGUUAUGAAAAAAAUGUCCACUUUCGCCGAAGAAGCCAUGCCAAUGCGACAAAAGGGCUCACAUAUGUUACAUGCUCCAAAACUGUUUGAAUCCGUUUUUAAUAUAUUAAAACCUUUGAUGCCUGUAAAACAACAGGAAAGACUUUAUGUACAUGGUGACAAUCUGGAGGAACUUUACAAGCAUAUACCACAAAAAUAUUUACCCAAAGAAUAUGGUGGAGAAAAUGGAUCAAUCGAACAAAUCAUAGCUGAUUCUGUAAAAAUCUUCUUAGAGUAUAGAGAUUAUUUAAUAGAAGAUUUAAAGUACGGCGUCGAUGAAAAUUUACGCUCUGAAAAAUCUGUUGACUAUGAUAAUAUUUUUGGUGUAGAAGGCUCUUUCAGAAAACUUAUUUUCUACAAAUGCAAACAUAUAGCUUAUUUAAUGAUGGCACAGGAUUAUAUUGAAAGUAUUAAAGUACGUGAACCAGCACAACAACAUUGGCCCAUAUUGAAGAAAAGACCGAAUGUAACACGUUUCAAAUUUGUAGCACCCGAAGCUUGUUGUAUUAAUUUACCAACAUCAGUUGAACCAGUAAAUGCCACUUUAUCUACAUCGGUGUGUUGUGAUAGAGCUGCACCAGCAUCACCAAAACCUGGUACAACGUUGACAACUCCUUCUGGGAAACCUGCUUCCUUAAGAAGUUGUGCCAUAUAUAAAGCAGUUAAACUUGUUUGCUCAGCUGGUUUUAAAACGAUUGUAUUGCCUGUAGCUAGUGCUGGUCCUAAUUUCCAAGCCAUCAUCAAUAAAGGGAAAUUCCAGGUUAAAUAUAAUUUUAUACUAGUCAAUCUACCAAAAAUAUCAACUAUGUCUAAUAUACGACCACUUAAUGAUAAAUUAGCUAAAAGAGCUCAAGAAGAACUUGGUGAGGUACCAGAACGAAUUGAUUCAGAUAUUGAAAUGUUACGUGAAUGGAUGUUAAAACAAACUUAUAUAAAAGGACGUACUGACGAUCAAUUUUUAGUAGCUUUCUUACGUGGUUGCAAAUAUAGUAUAGAAAAAGCAAAACAUAAAAUAGAUAGUUUCUAUGCAAUGCGUGGUGUAGUACCAGAACUAUACAAGGAUCGAUUUGUAGAUGAUAGAAAGAUUGAAAUAUUGAGACAAGGUUGUUUACUUCGAUUACCUAAACCAUUGACUGAAGAUGGACCACGUAUACACAUUUCACGUUAUGGCAUGUAUGAUUCCAAUAAAUUUUCAUUAAAUGAAGUUGUGAAAGUAAGCACUAUGAUGGGUGAAAUUCAGUUCCGUGAAGAUGAUAAUGCUAUGGUUAUGGGUUUCACGGAAAUUAUUGAUCUCAAAGGAGUCGGUGCUGGCCACAUAUUCCAAUUCGAUGCAGUAUUAGUUAAAAAAUUAGCUGUAUUAGGUGAUAAAGCAUGGCCAUAUCGGCCUAAAGGAUUUCAUUUCGUUAAUGCUCCUUCAAGUGCAGAAAAAUUUCUAUCCAUUGCAAAGAGUCUAAUGAGUGACAAAAUCAAGGAGAGGUUCCAUAUACAUUCAAAAUAUGAAACUCUCUAUAAAUAUAUUCCCAAAGAAUGUUUACCUGCAGAAUAUGGUGGCAGUAAUGGUACAGUACAAGAUGUAAUUGAAACAUGGGAAAGAAAGCUAUUAAGCUAUAAGGACUAUUUUGAGGAUGAAGCACAGUAUGGUACGAAUGAGAAGUUACGACCUGGGCGUCCAGUGGAUUCUGCAACAUUAUUUGGCUGUGAAGGCUCAUUCAGAAAAUUAGACUUUGAUUAA